AUGGAAGCAGACCCGAGGCUGGAGCCCUUCUUGGGCAUGGAGUUUGAGCCUGGAGAAGCAGCAAAGGCGUUCUACAUUGCUUAUGCUAGCCGGUUUUUUGCUCGCGAGAAGGAUUUUGGAGGGAGAAGCGAGUGGUUAAAGGGAAGAAGACCAGGAAGCGUGGGGCCUCUGUUAGAGAAGGAUGCAGGGCAAUGCUUGAGGUAUAAUGACUCGGGCCCUGAUGAUGCUGAGAAUCUCCUUGAGUAUUUCAACAAAACACAAGAGGAGAAUCCUGCAUUCUAUUUUGCUGUGCAAGUUGAAGCCAAUAAUUGUAUGACAAAUAUCUUCUGGGCUGAUGCGAAAGCUCGGAUGCCUUACACCUACUUUGGUGAUGCUGUGUUCUUAUCCAACAUCCACCAUCAAUGGGUACCAGUUUACUUCAAAGAUACAUUUUUUGCUGAAGUUUUCAUGUCUCAGAAAUUGGAUGACUUUGACAAGGUCGUUCAGAAGUAUUUUACCACAAAGACCCCUUUGAGGGUGGCUGUUAGACAACUAGAGCAAGCCCUUGCAAAUCGAUAUGAAAAGGAAGCCCAAAAAGAUUUUGUCACCAUGUUUAAUAAACCUUUUCUUAGAACUGCUUCAUCAGUUGAAAAGCAGGCAGCUGGUAUUUAUACAAGGACAAUCUUUAACAGGUUUCAAGAAGAAUUUCUUGAAUCUUUGGGAUAUCAGGUAGAUAAGAUAGUGGAUGGGGUUAUUAGCAAGUUUAGGGUUGUAAGAAAUGGGGAUGCUUACACUGUCACUUAUAAUGCCUCGGAAACAAAAGCACAUUGCAGCUGCCUGUUUGAGUUUUCUGGCAUUCUUUGUCGGCACGCCCUUAAAGUCUUCAUAGUAGUUGGUAUGCAUAAGCUUUCGAAAGAUUUUAUCUUGAAGCGCUGGACUAGAAAUGCCAAGAGUGGUGCUGUAUUGGAUGAUUGUGGUGUGGGAUUCCAAAGCAAUUGUGAAGAACCUUCAACAUCGUGA